AUGGAAUGCUCCAUUGAGCUGUUAGAUCUCUGUAGCACCAUGCAAGAGACCUUCGCCGAGAUGAUGGUCAUCAUCCAAGAGCUCCAACUUGCUCUAAGAAAAGGAGAUGAUGCAGCUGCUCAAGCCAAGAUCCAGUCUUUUAUUCGCUUGGGGAAAAAGGCCAGGAAAUAUUUCAAGAAGUCUGCCACGAAGCCUGCAUUUGACAAGAUGGUCAUGCUCUUGACCAAGGCAAGAGAGAUCUGCAUCUCUCUGUUGGAGUCCACACUCCAUCUCUUGUUGAAGCAAAUUGAAAUGCCAAAGCAGUCUCUUGUCUGCAAGGCAUUUUACAAGAAGAAGGCAAUUGUCUGCAAGGAGGAACAAUUGCAGGAGUUAGAGUGCAGUAUCGAAGAUCUUCAGAAUGGAGCAGGAGAUCUGUUCAGGAAAUUAGUCCAGAACAAAGUUUCUCUUUUAAACAUUCUUAGCUCAUAG